AUGAGUGCCCUCAAUUAUGCACCAGCACCACCAUCCACUUCCUUCAGUUCCAAAUCCUCGGACGGUCGCCAGUUCGGCAAAUUCCUCUUCUUCUUCGGCACCGGAAAAUCCUCCCUGUCAACUGCUCUUUCAUCUCCCCAGUUGUCCUAUUAUUAUUCCCCUGUGUCAGCUGCUGCGCUGCAGAAUAAAAGGAAAGAUAAUGGUGCUGUCACGGAGCAGGGUGCAACUACUCCGGUGAGAAUAGUGGCUCUUGUGGGCGAAGGUAGCGUCAGUCCGCUCAAUUCCACGCCUUGGACUGAAGUCAUGCGCCACACAGCAAAAAGAUUAAAAUGGGUCGAUGAAGGGUUUGAAAUGCUGGUGUUUACUGACAAUUUCUAUCAAUCUAAUGAUGAAACAAUGGGGAAGCUUCGAGAGGCAUUAGACCUUGCAAAUAUUUUGAUGAUUGUUGCUGUUACGAAUGAAGAAUCAGUCAGGUGGGUGCAGGCCAAUUUCCAGAUUGUUCCAAAUGUCAUAUGCUUUGAUUCUUCUCCAGCAUUAACUAACAAAUUGGGGGGCUCCAUUAUCCAUACAGAAACCAAAGGGAGUAUACUCAGUAAAUUACCAUUACCUCAACCAAAAAAAUUAAAGGAAUCAGAGGAAAUAGUUCGCACUGUAUCUGAGGCUUGGGACAGACGUAAUUCGGAUGAUAUACGAUUUUGUUUGUUGGUUGUGAUAAAUGCUUAUAUAAGGAAAGCUCUUCAAUGCUUGAAUGAGUGCAGUCCUGUAGAUCAAGUAUGCAACUAUAAAUGUAUUGCUUCAUAUGAAAGUCCAAAACUAGAAGAGUUUUCUCUGUGCGUACUUCAAAAGCAUAACUGUCUUGCAUUGGAUGCAAAAAUCCCUGAUAAACCUUAUGUUACUCCAAUUGGUGUGUUUCGAGGAGAGAGUAUGUCUCAUGAGAUUGCUGAAGAUACUUUUGUGGGGUGGUUGGGGAAGUUGGAUUGGAGUUGGCGGGUUGUAGCUGGGCAGAACCCAGCGUAUGACCAGUUUCCUUGCCAGUACCAGUUGUUCUAUAGGGGAAAGGCAAAAGGAUCAUUCUGGUAUGAGCCAGUUUUUCAGGUAAAGACGAUUGAGGGUGAUCUCGUCUGGAGAAGACGAAAGUAUUGCGUUAAAAGAGGGAAAACUCCAGGGACGUUUUACUUCAGCGUAUUGGACAAUGGGGUUGUUUCAAAUGAAUACUGGACAAUCGUGGAUGUUACUGAUGAUUUAGGUUGGGGUUUGUUUCAUUACCACGGAGCUGCUCGAGUCGCAGGACAGUCGUAUACUGGGGCAAUACUUGUUAGCCAAGACGGCAUGUAUCCAAAUAAGAGUCAGAGUGAGAGAUUGGCUUCUGCAUUGGAUAGAUGCAAUAUUAAAGAGUGGGAGCUAUUUACUGUUGAUAAUUGUUCGUGCGAGAAUCCUCCUUUGGGUCUUCCUGAAGGUUCGAGUUUGCAUUAUAAGAUAAAAGUUGGAGAAGAUAUCAAAGAUAAAUAA